AUGUUAAUAAAGGAAGAAGGACUAAAGGGAAGUGUUGGAGCCACAACCACGAUCACCUGGGCCGACGAGAUCGUCCACGAAGAAGAAAUCGCCGAAGAACCGGCCGCACCCGUCGAGGAACCGCUCGCUCCAGUCGCGGAGGAGCCGAAAGAGGAGGUCGCGGUGGAGCAGGAGGUCCAGCAGCUGAUCGAGCCGGAAGUCGAGGCCAAGCCCGAGAAGAAGAAAAAGAAGGAGAAGAAGCUCAAGGCCGAGGAGGAGCAGAGCGUCGAUAAAGAGGCCGUCGAGGCGCAGCUCGUUGGCGACGAGGACGGCGUGCAAAAAACCCCAGACGAGGAUACGAUAAAGAGAGUCCAGGAGUACAUAGAAAAGAAGGCCACCGAGAAGAAAAUGGAGGAGGAGAGACGAGCUUGGGAGCUCGAGGAGGCGAGGAAGCACGCCGAGCAGCUCGAGCUUGCGAGGCUGGCCAAGAUCAAGGAGGAGCAGGACAGGCGCAUCGCCGAGAUGAAGGAGCAGGAGAGACUCGAGGCGGAGAGGCGGGCCAUACUGGACAGGGCCGAGGAGCUCAGGAAGGAGGCCGAGAGGCUCAAGGAGGACGAGAAACUCUUCAACGUGGCUAUCGCGCAGGCCAUAGCCGACGAAAAGGAGCGCGUCGCUCAAGAGGAGGAAGAGUUCCUCAAGAGGCAGCUCGAGGAGGAUAAGGAAAAACUGGACGUGGAGUCCGCCACCGACGCGGUCAACGAGAUCGCGAUUGCCGAGGAGCCCCUCUCCGAGGGCCACUCUCUACUUUCCGACCAGGAGGUCGAGGCGAAACCCUACGACGUCGACCACGAAGAAGACACUCAGGUCGAGGAAGACGAGCCCGAAGAGCCCGCCGAGCUCGAGAAUCCCUUCGUCGACGGCGAAGGGGCCGGAGCGGCAGUGCAGGCCGACGAACCCGUCGAAGAAGCCCCGACAGUCCGAACGGGCGGUGGCGCCGGUGAAGAGGGUGGCUUCGACUGGACCGACUUUGAAGAGACCCGAGUCGAGGAGGCCCAAGUCGAGGCACAAACUCCCGAGGUCGAGGAGAAGGGUGACGAGGAGCAGGCCCCCGAAGUCGAGGAGAAAGACGAGGAAGCGCAGGCUCUCGAAGCCGAGGUGAAGGAAGAAGAAGCUCUCGCCGACAAUGAGAAGACGGUGGAAGAGGAAGAGAUCGAAGCGGCGGAGGAGCCCCAGGUAGAGGAGGACGUCGACGUGUGGGAGGGAGUGACCGAGGAGACGAGCUCGUCGUGGAGACGGAUGAGCACCUACAGGCAGGACGUGGUCGAUGACACGUACGUCGAGGAGGAGGCACACGUGGAGGAAGAGACGAAUGUACGGGAAGAGACACAGGCAGAGGAGGAGAUGGAAAAUCAGACGGUAGAGGAGAGGCAGAUUGAGGAGGAAGAGGAGGAGAAGCAGGAAGAGAAGGACGAAGAGGCGCCAACGGAGGAGAAGCAGGAGGAGGACGAACAAGUACAAAUCGAAGAGGUCUACGAGGAGGAGGCGCAAGUGGAGGAGGAGCAGGUAACGGAGGAGACACAGGUCGAGGACAGGUCCGAGAAGUCGGUGCACGAUGAGGAGGGCGAAGACGACGAGUAGAUCUUGCGCUGUAUAAUCGGGAAUAAGAUGUUAUUGUUGUAAUUCGAUUCGAUUGUUUUUUUUCUUUAUCAUUUUUUCACUUGUUCAUCGCUCGUUGGAUAUUUAGCUACGUUGUUGAUUGUACUUUAGGUGAAUGAUGAAUUUUUUUUUCCUUCUGUCAUGUACACGAGAUAUAUUAAUAUACAUACAUAUAUUUUUUUGAUAGUUUGUGAAUGCGACGACUCUUUUCUAGCAAAUACGAAUAUAUAUAAUAUACACAUGUUACGAUGCGCGGACCAAAAUGGUUGGGCCUAAAAGACAGCUUAUGAUAUCUUUAUGAGAGUAUUUGACGAAAAAAUAUUGACAAAGAUGUCCUGAGUAUGUUUAACUGUUUGUUAUUAUUCAAUGUUAAAUGUAUUAUUUAUUGAAAUAUAUUUAACUCGUGAUUCGGUUA